AUGUGGUGCAAUUUCCGCGCACGCGUCGAGCGACGGAAUGGGUACGAACAUCAUAUCGGGCCUACGCAACGAAUGAUCUUCACCGUGCUGCCAGGGUUUCUGGUUGGUUCCUGGUGGGGGCCAGGCACAAUAGCUGACCCGCUGUUCUCGGCUAUCUUGUUUCGGGAAAAGCAAGCAACAAAUUCUUCUAGCACCAUCACUUCGCCGGCUCUAUCCGUAUCAGGCUCUAUAUCCUCUGCCGCCGCAGCAGCUUCGACGUUAACCCAUGGCGGCCCCGCCCAUGUCGGCCCUCAACAUCCCGAAGCUGUAAAAAGCGCAGUAUUCUUACCCGCGCCCGCAUCGACUUCUGUCUCGCCCACCUUCUCCUUGUUGAGCCCAAGUCUAGGAGGAAUCAACCACCCGUCUGGCAACACUCCUGUAGCCCCGAUUGCGGUGCAUACGGAAUCCUGGUUGCUACCUUCGUCUUCCAGCGCUCCUGCUGCUGCGCCGCCUGCUUUAACGCCAUCCGCGAUCCCAGGCGUACCGAGCAACCUCGUUCAGAUCGACCCGGCGCCUGUACUCUCCCCUAGUGCUGGAGAAGGUGGAGGUGGCGGUGGCGGUGGGAAUGGCGGUGGUGGCUCAGUCGUGACACCAGUGUCAGUUGCAUCAACAGCCACGCCAGUUCAGAACUUAAACGCGCCAUCGGCCCCUUCUGCGAUCCCAAAUCAUCAGCAAAGCAACACGGCAGUUCCUGUUGCUCCAGGAACACCCGCCUCGGUGUCCGUUGCUGGUAAUAAAGCAACUGGGAGUACCAGCGUCUAUGUUGCACCAGCGUCGGGAGUACCCAAUUCAAACCUUGCCCCGGGAGAGACUAUGGUACCGCAAACCUCACCAAUUUCGUACGGGAUAUCUGGAUACACUUCUAUUGCGACUGCACUGCCUGCUGGAGUGCCUUAUUCAGCUUCGGUCGGCGUGCAUUACUCUGGUUCGGCCGGCUUGCCUUACUCUGGUACGGCGGUAGUGACAGGAUCGAGUGCUACUGCCGUAGGAUACGUUUCCCCGACCGCUCACGCGCCUUACCCUUCUGUUGGAAAUGGAACUGUCACGACAUCGUCCUCUCCGUUUGGUUCCAUAGGAACCCUAGUGACCUACUCUUUCUCUCAACACUCUAAAACCAGGUCUUCGACUGGGACAGUCACUUCAGCGGUGUCAACGACGAGCGGACUCAUUGAGAGUGCGAAACCGACGUCAACGCCGAAUGCAGCAGGGCUUAGGUUCCAGGUAGAUGCUUCCGGAGUGGGUGUCUGGGCAGUGAUGGUUGGAAUUGCGGUUGUAGUCGUCGGGUAGUACGGCGAGUUGUGCGCUUUGGUGGAAGGGUGGUAAUGUAAUCACACGGUGGUAUUCAUUGAACCAUGCCGUGUCGAGAAGAGCUUAUGUACUAUGAAAGCAAUGGAAAUAGCACUAAUGGAUCAAUAGAAUUUGGGAG